AUGAUCUUUGAGUCAAUUGCGACAAAUGAGUUUGGGGUCUUCAUUGGACCGCAAGAUCUUACUGCCAAUAAUGUGAUGAAUCUGACAACUCCUAUGCUUGACAAAUGCUUCCGCCCAGGUUGUACGUUUUGCGAUUUUGGAGAAUACACCUGGAACCAGUUUUCUUCCGAGAUCGCAGCGGGCAACUUCACCCGUAUUAGCUUGGCUGAAUGCAUUGAUAUCAUCGAAGAUAGUAAUGCAGCGGGAACGAAAGCACUCAUGAUUCUUGUCGAAAAUCUAUCUGUGAAAGAUGGAGGCAACCGGGCAAUCCAAUACAGCUCGCAUAGCGGCCUUCCUGAUGCGAGCGAUAAAGCAAUUCUCUCGACCACGGAAACAACUGGCUCGGAUAAGAUAAAAGUGGAUGGACUUUAUUUCUAUAAGAACGUCACAUCAAAGACUAGUGGAGAUGAUGAUAACUUCGCCUGCGUUUCUCCAGUCGAUAUUGCCUACGAUGAAAGUGGCUAUGGUAGCUACGGUGAUGUUUAUUCUACGAACACUGCGCAGGGUUGCAUACGAAUUCCCACAGAGGAAAAAUGCGAGCUGCUCUACAGCCCGACGAUCGCUAUAAUUGUUUCUCUAUGCUCGCUGGUAAAAGUGGUCGCGAUGUUUUUCGCAGCUCGAAUCAGUCGCUUUCGCUCGGCGCCUCUUCUCACCUUAGGCGAUGCGGUAGUAUCCUUUAUGAAAAGGCCAGAUCCCACCACGGACGGAAUGUGCUGGAUAUCUCAGAGUGAUGUUUCUCGCGGAGUCUGGCGACCCCUCGAUAAAUCGAAAGGGAUGGCCAAGAGAGCUCUCUUUCGUAGGUCAUCGAGAUCAUCCCGGUUAUCGAAAGACAGGAGCAUAUCCUUUGAAAUAUUGGAAGAGAGCGAACCAUAUGACGUGGUACGACAUGAGAAAUUCAAGCGACGCAAAUGGUAUAUGCAGGUACCAAGCAAAAAGCGAUGGGCGGGUACUCUUCUUCUAUGUGUUUCGUACAUUUCCGUGGCAGGAUUUCUCCUGAAAGAGGGAAUUAAGUCCGAAAAUGGAAGCGGCGUACUCUCUACACGCUUGCUUAGUGAAUGGUGGAGCGAAGGACUCAGUAUAAGCAACUACAAUAUCUUUUUUGAGUCGGGUUCUAUGAUCGGAACAGUGAUGUUCGCCAAUAUACCACAAUUGUGGCUCACUGUUAGCUAUUAUUGGUUAAACAAGCUUAUAACCGAUAUGCUGAGUGCGGCAGAGUAUAACUCCUACGGUAUCACUCGCAAACCGCUUAGAGUAUCGCGUCCCGUGAAAGGUAGUCAGCAAAGAUCGACCUAUUGGCUGAGUAUACCUUAUCAAUAUAGUGUGCCGCUAUUGCUUCUGCAUGUGCUUCUCCACUGGUUGAUUUCGCAGAGCUUAUGCUAUAUCUUGGGAGAGGCAAACUACAGCGAUAAACUUAGUGCCGUUGGUUGGUCACCCUUACCAACCUUCUUGGCAAUUCUUGUUGGUUCUUUGCUGGUUCUUCUGAUGAUUUUGCUGGGCUGCAAAAGGUUCAAGUCCAACAUGCCGUUGGCUGGGGGUUGUAGCGCUGCAAUUAGCGCUGCAUGUCAUCCACCCUGGUGUGAAAAUCUGGACACUGCAACUCUAGGCCCGGUCAGGUGGGGACAAACGAUAGAGCCGCCAAAUCGGGCUAUUGGUUAUCCAGGUUAUAUGAUGGAUGAGGAUCAAGGUCAUUAUAGCUUCACUGCGCUGGACACGGUGAAUGCAACUCUGACCAAGUUGUAA